AUGCGUCGUCUCACCACAACACACAAAUCCUCAAAAAAUCGACACCUUCCAAUUCCGUAGCUACAGAUUCUUCUCUCUCUCUCCCUCUCUCUCGUUUACUCUAUCUCUAGUUCGUCUCUUUGGCUCCGAUUGGCUGAUUCUUCUAUGAUGUCCGCUUCUUACCCAAGCACCGACUGGUUCCCUCCUGCUCGUUCAGGUAAGGGCUUAAACAUGUUGGAGAGGUUAAACACUGACCAGAGUGUAUUCCAAGAUCAGGAUACGAUUAGCACUCGCCCUUUCUGUGGUAAUGCUUUUUCUGCAAGUGCAAGUUCCUUUGGGUUUGACACUGACUCUUUUCACAUUGGAGCUGAUAAUCCAAGGUCGUACCAUUUACAUACUGAUGUUCCAAGCUUUGAAAAUGUUUCUCCUGGAAUGGUAAAUGAAAUGUUUUACCAUGGUAAUGGUGUACCAUCAGAUUUUCAGAGGUCUUCUCAUUCUGCUACCAGAAGAAAUCAAUCAUCACUGCAGCGUUAUGGUGACCUCUACUCUGAUGAUUCAAGACAUUUCAUUCCUUUUGACUCAUCAAAUCACCAGUAUCCAGUCCCAGAACAUAUUCGUAGUUCUCCGGAGUUUCACAUGUUUAAGGCGAAUUCUAGACAUUUUGAUAGGCAUGCGAAUGAAAGUAACAGUAGUGAGACUGAUUAUAUGAUGCGCUCUAGGGGAAAUUUCGGCUUAAGAAACAAUAGAUUUGGAGAACCUAGGGGUCUCGAUCUCAACCCCUUCAGUGGAGAAAAUAUGUUUCUUCCAAUGGCAUCUACCAGAACAUGUAUGAAGCACCAUGGUUCAGUGGACUUAUCUGCAAAUGAUUUCGAUAUGGGUCCACCGCAUGGAGUUAUGCAUGAUGCUUUUGAAUCUGCUGCAAGCUUAAGUUACAGAGAGCAAACUUAUACUCAAUGCAAAAGAAGCCCUUUCUCUGCUUCUUCUUCUAGCCCAACUUGGGAGUUUGAUUAUAACUUGCCAUCUCUUUAUGAAGCAAGAAGUGGAAGCUACAGUGACUCCCACUUCCCUGCCAUGCUUGAUAUGCCUACCGAGAGAAACAGAGGUCUGAGGGCAUCCAGGCUAAAUGGUAAAAGUGAUACCACUUAUGGUCGAGUUGAAAGUUUUUGUCAACAAGAUCUGCUCUCCCAGUUCAGGGACGCAAAGUUCUUUGUUAUUAAGUCAUAUAGUGAGGAUAAUGUCCACAAGAGCAUAAAGUAUUCUGUUUGGGCAAGCACCAAAAAUGGAAACAAAAAGUUGGAUGCUGCCUAUCGUGAAGCAAAGACAAAAGAUGUGCCAUGCCCAGUCUUUCUUUUGUUUUCGGUGAAUGCCAGUGCACAGUUUUGUGGAGUGGCUGAGAUGGUUGGACCGGUUGACUUCAACACAAGUGUGGAGUACUGGCAACAGGAUAGAUGGUCAGGACACUUCCCAGUCAGAUGGCUUAUCGUCAAAGAUGUUCCCAACAGUCUCUUUCGCCACAUCAUAAUUGAAAACAAUGACAAUAAGCCAGUCACUAACAGUAGAGACACCCAAGAGGUGGGAGUGGAACAAGGUAUAGAGAUGUUAAACAUUUUCAAGAGCUGUGAGAUGCAUUCUUCGAUCCUCGAUGACUUUAGCUUCUACGAAGAGCGACAGAGAGCGAUUCAAGACAGAAAAGCCAUGCAACGUGCUGUUCUUGAAUCGCUUGCGCUUUCUGCAACCUCUGGUCCAACAUAUUCCACAAAUUCUCUCCACGACGAAUUUGUAAGGAAAAUGUCUUUGAGGUUUGCAGAGGCUUUGGCCUUACAAAACAAACCCAAAUAGUUGAAACUCUCUCUUCUCUUUUAGGAUUUGGAUUGUCUGAGGUUUAAAUAUGGUUUAAAUAUACUCUUGAUUUUGUACAUUUGAUCACGGACGUAAGGAGCAUAGGUUGUAAGAUAAAUUGAAGGUUCUAACAAUUGGCUUGUCUUGCUAAACUUUCUGAAAGUUUAGAUUUUGUCACCAAAAAUGUGAUUGACUA